CAAAACUAGCUUCGUUGCGAUUGCUUUCGCCGUCGCCGUCGCCGUCUUAGUUCUUCCAUCGGCAUCGACUAUCCUUCUUUUUGUUCCUCAGUGAAUUUUGCCUGAAUGGCGCCGGCCGUGGACGCGGAGUACUUGAAGCAAAUCGAGAAGGCUCGCAGACUCCUCCGCGCCCUCAUUUCAAGCAGACAGUGCGCUCCUAUCAUGCUUCGCUUAGCGUGGCAUGACGCGGGAACUUAUGAUGCCAGAACAAAGACGGGAGGGCCUAAUGGCUCGAUACGGAACGAAUCCGAACUGAAACAUGGCUCGAACAAUGGAUUAAAGAUUGCUGUCGAUCUAUGUGAAGAAGUCAAGGCUAAGUGUCCGAAAAUUUCCUACGCAGAUCUUUACCAGCUUGCUGGGGUUGUCGCAGUUGAGGUUACAGGCGGCCCCUCCAUCAACUUCGUCCCUGGAAGAAAGGAUUCUAUGAUGUCUCCAGAGGAAGGCCGUCUUCCAGAUGCUGCUAAAGGUGCAUUGCAUCUAAGGGAAGUGUUUUAUCGGAUGGGGCUGUCUGACAAGGAUAUUGUAGCAUUAUCAGGAGGCCAUACUUUGGGAAGGGCACAUAAAGAUAGAUCAGGCUUUGAUGGACCCUGGACCAAGGAACCCCUUAAGUUCGAUAAUUCUUAUUUUGUGGAACUUCUGAAAGGAGACUCAACAGGACUUUUGAAACUUCCGACAGAUAGGGUUCUAGUGGAGGAUCCAGAGUUUCGUCACUAUGUAGAGCUCUAUGCCAAGGAUGAAGAAGCCUUCUUUAAAGACUAUGCAGUGUCCCACAAGAAGCUGUCUGAGCUAGGCUUCUUCGCUCUGGCUUCCUUGGUCUUAGUGCUACUGGUGAAGCUGAAAUCGGGAUUUGCUGCAGCCCGGAGUUCCCGGAAAAGUGAAGUGAAAAAGAAACGGCGUGAAUCUCUUGUGGUUUCAUGAUAUGGUCGAAAUUUAGCUUUCUAGUACAAAAUCACCAACUCUGUAAUAUCAUUCGUAAAUGCCCCAUGAGUUACAAAAUGUCGUCGAGUCGUUGGAUGUCGAUUUCUCACACAAUUCAGGAAAUGCAUCUGUUAUUAUUCAGAAAAAUAUGUGCCUUUUAUUUGAUAGGCUUACAUCAAAAUUAACAGGGAACAGUUUA